AUGGAUGAGCGUCAACUCGACGAGACGACGGACGACUCGGUGUCCGUUGGUGAUUCCACUCCAUCUGGUCCUCCUCAAGAUCCUGCUGCGUGUACAGUUGAUGCCACGAGUUCCUCCCCUUCGAUAGCUAGACAUAGCCCUCUCCUUGACCAAUGUUUACAAUUUCUAUCAGCCGCUAACAAUGCCACUCUGGCUGCUUUGGGCGGAGUCACCAUUGCGAUUACGUAUUUCGUUCUCGGAAGACUUAGCCUGGUGCUAUUUGGGGUAGUCGCUGGUAUCGGACUGCAUUCAUCUUGGGAGGGCUACAAGGAGUAUGGAGAUGAAUCCACGAAACCAGGCCCCUCCAUAAGGAGGCGGGAGUUGGGCAUCGAAGUGGCAAAGAGACUGCUGAACUGGGAAGAAUCGAGGACUACUGAUAAACCAAGGUAUCAAGCCAGUCCUGAGGAUACGUCGAUGACCAAGUUGGAUUAUUCCGAUUUCCAGCCCGCAACAGCAGCAGCUUUGAAUACACUGACUGAUGCUGUCAUUCGAGAUUACGUCCAAUGGUGGUAUCAGCCUAUCCUAUCAUCAGAACAGACGUUCCCGCAAUCCUGCCGUUCGACCCUCGCCCGUUUUGUUAUUUCUAUAUCCUCUCAUCUUUCGCGGAAGAGGCCGGCAGAUAUUUUUCUUCAUUUCGUCACCAAUGCAUCUUCUAUCAUCAUCGUAUUUUUAAACGAACUCUCGUCUGCCUUGCAAUCGACUUCCAGCGGGCCGGCCUCUACAGCAGAUGCAAUUUCGACCUACCUGAAUAGGUUCCCUGAAAGUAAUUUAGCAAAUGUUUUAUCAACGACCCAACAACGUGCCAAGCUCAGGCUCGUUGCGUCUGAUCUUCUACAAACGUUUCUACAACCCGAUUUGUACGAUUGUGAACCGGUCCGAGUUUUCCUUUGCGAAAUCCUUUCAGGUGUCAUCUUAGAAAGCGUAAUCGACAAUUGUUCAAAGCCAGAAUGGAUCAAUGGGUGGAUUGUCCAGCUACUGGAGGAAGGAGAGCCAGAAUUGAUGAGUGCAAUUGACAUUGGGGUUGAUGGAGCCCGACAGAAUCAUUUGGAGGAAUUCUCCACGCACUCGCUGGCCGCUAAUAACAAUAUGCCUGAUUUCGCGGAUGAUUCGCGAACGAGUCAGCAAAACCAAGGACUUACGAAGGCACAAAUUGAGAUGGAAGAGGCGGUAAGGGAAGCAAAGCGCCUCAGUGCGAUGAUUGAAUCUGGAAGUACUCGAGGUUACCAGGAACAGCCGUCGACGAUUGUAACUGAUGGUGACAUCGAUAUCCGCCAUGCAAGUUUCUCCUCGAAGAUUUCUCACGUAGAAAUAACUGCCUCAAGCGAUGGAGUUUGGAAUGGUAAUGUCACCACAAGGCAUGGUGAUGUGUCGAGAAGUUCUAAUGAGCUCGGGGAUUCUAGAAACUCAAUGGACGAACCGCGUUCCAUACAGGAAGCUUCGAUUCGGAUGAUCCUUCUGGGUGCGUCUGUGUCGAUUUUCGAUGACAACUUCUCAAAUGACAAAGGGGCAAUGCGUGUGAAGCCCACGGAUGACUAUUUGCUACAAAUUGAACCCGCCAGCUCGCGUCAUCCGGGCUGGGUAAUUACGAGGAAAUACGCUGACUUCGAAGUUCUCCAUGAAGUUUUACGACGCAUUUCGGUUGUUUCAGGGGUAUCUGAUUUUGUAGAACAACACAGAGAACUGCCAACCUGGAAAGGUCAGUACCAGUCAGACCUACGGCAAAGUCUUGAGCGCUACCUUCAGCAUGCCCUACGCUUCGAGCGGCUCGCUGGAUGCGAGGCUAUGAAAAGGUUUUUAGAAAAAGAGCGAAGUGUUGCGACAUCGUCCCCGAAUGGGAUCGGGAAGAGCGGAUUUUCAUUUCCGAGCCAGGCGGUGUUUGAAAAUAUGGGCAAGGGGGUACUGGAAGUCCUAAGCAGUGCUCCUAAAGGGGUAGCAGGGGGUGGUAAGGCUGUCCUUGAAGGUGUCACUGGAGUGUUUGGAGCGGGCAGUAGUGUUAAGAAACGUUCGGUUGACUUUGCCCUCAGGGACAAAGUAGACCCGAAGUUGAGAAUGCCCCCUAACGGGUUCUUCAACAAUAAAGUUGCAAUCAGUCAGAACAGUGGUGGAACGGCAGAGGUGGCUUCCCCCUCGCGUCCAGACACGGAACACUAUAUUCCUCUUGGCUCUGGCUCGAUUGAAAAUGCGUUCGAAAAACCUCUAACUUAUGUUACACACGAGGAUGCGGAGGAAAAUGAAGAGGAGCAAUCAGUCUUCAAGAGACCAGUCGCCGAUCGAUUAUCUCCUUCUCUUUCUCCUGAACACGCGGGUCAGAACCAAGAGAACGGACCCGUCGCUAGCAAAAACCGCCUGCAAGAAGUCGAGCCCGUAUCAACCGGUCUAGCCGGUCAAGUUACAGGCUUUAACGGCAAUACGACUGUCCAGCCUGAAUCAGACGUCGAAUCUUUGAACUCUCACCUUAAUCCUUACUCAACCGAAGUGAGGGUUAUGCCUCUCUCCGAGGAAGAGACUGGUGUUGCAGUUGAACUACUGUUUGCUGUCAUUAACGAACUAUAUGCCUUGUCCUCCGCCUGGGGAAUUAGAAAAAAACUGUUGAAUGCGGCGAGAUCGUUUUUGCUCCGACCUGGGAAUCCAAAUAUUGAAGGUAUUCGUCUCCUGAUGCAGCAAUCAAUUAUUGAAUCCAAUGCCUCUGAUGAUGCCCUUGCGACGUACAUCACUGCCCUACGUCAAAAUGCACUGCCAACUGAAGAUGAACUCAAAUCGAUCCCCCCUCCCUUGACUGAUGAUGAACAAAUGGAGCUUCGGAUCAAGGCUCGAAAGUUGCUAGUGACAAGAGGCAUGCCGCAGGCUCUGACGAGCAUCAUGGGCAACGCUGCAACUACAGAGGCUCUUGGACAUGUUUUUGAUUCUCUUCAGGUCAAAUCUGUUGCAAGAGGAUUUAUUUUUGCUUUACUACUUCAGGCAUUAAAGGCCAUGAUUCAAUAG